GGUGAGGUUGAGACAUUCAGGCUUCGUAGCAUCACGCAUCGGGGUGUUCAACGCUCUUUCUACCUCUAAACACCGCGUUUAUUGAUUCAAAACACAGUCGUGUAGCGUCACGCAUAGGCAUAAUGACGUGUGUGAAGGGGCAGACAGCAGCGUUCGCUGUUUCGAACACGCCCCUCUGAGAACCCCGAGGUUGUUCGGGGGAGUAAUGGCUGCGCCGGAGCCGUCUCCACCAUCUUCCCUGGAAGGAAACAAACCUGGCUUCCCGAAGAAAAUUCUGGCCAACAGCCACGAAGACAAGCACCUGUGCAACGCGUGUCUGAAGAUCCUGAGGAGGCCCCUGCAAGCGCAGUGUGGUCACCGCUUCUGCUCGUUCUGCUUCAACAAAAUAGUCAGUUCUGGUCCUCAGAAAUGUGAUGCCUGCAUCAAAGAGGAUCUGUACGAGGAGCCCUCCUCCAUUCUACAGCAGGGUGGUGCCUUCCCAGACAAUGCUGCUCGCAGAGAGGUGGAGGCUCUGGCUGCCGUCUGUCCCAAUGAAGGAUGCACAUGGACGGGGACCAUCAAAGAGUUCGAGGCGAGCCACGAGGGUCACUGCGACUACAUGAUCAUCCUGUGUCCUUCGUGUAAGGAGCUGAUGAGGGUGAACGAGCAGGAGCGCCACAACGAGCGCGAAUGUCCAGAGCGGACGCUCAACUGCAAAUACUGCAAGGAGCCCUUCCUGCUGAAGAACAUCAAGGCUCACGACGAAAUUUGCCCCAAGUAUCCCAUGAUUUGCGAAGGCUGUGCCAAGAAAAAGAUCCCCAGAGAGAAGUAUGUGGACCAUAUUAAGUUCUGCAGUAAAUUUAAAGCUCCAUGCAGAUUUCAUGUUGUUGGCUGCGAUACGUCUGUUGAGAAAGAGAAGCUCCACGACCACGAGCGGCAGUGUUCCUACGAGCACCUGAACCUGCUGCUGCACUUCAUCAUGGGCAUCAAGGUGAGUCUGGAGAGUCUGCAGCCUCAGAGUCUGGAAGUGGCCAGCCAUAAGCUGCAGGAGCUUCACCAGUCCAUGAGAGAGCUGGAGCUGAAGAUGAGCCAGCUGGGGGGAGGCCCACUGCAGGGCGCCUGCGCUCCCACGCUGACCGCCUCCUUCACCCAGCUGCCCAGCGCCGUGUGUGCGGCCCUGGAGCUGCAGCUGCAGAGCGAGAAGAGCAAGGUGGCGGAGCUGAGCCGGCGCUGCCAGGACCUGGAACUGAAGGUCAAUACUUUUGAGAACAUUGUGUGCGUCCUGAACCGGGAGAUGGAGCGCUCUUGCACCACCAUGGAGGCCUACAACCGCCAGCACCGACUGGACCAAGACAAGAUCGAGAUUCUCAGCAACAAGGUGCGUCAGCUGGAGAGGACGGUGAGUCUGAGGGACCUGACCAUUGUGGAGAUGGAAGGCAAGUUGCGGGAGAUGUCUGCAGCCACGUACGACGGCAUCUUUGUUUGGAAAAUCUCUGAUUUCACCAAGAAGAGGCAGGACGCCGUGGCAGGCCGCGCCCCCGCCAUGUUCUCCCCUGCCUUUUACACCAGCAAGUACGGCUACAAGAUGUGCUUGAGGAUCUACCUGAACGGAGACGGAACGGGUCGAGGGACCCACUUGUCCCUGUUCUUCGUGGUCAUGAGGGGACACAGUGAUGCGCUUCUCAAGUGGCCUUUCAAUCAGAAGGUCACACUGAUGCUGCUGGACCAGAACAACAGGGAGCACAUCAUCGAUGCCUUCCGGCCCGACAUCUCCUCCUCCUCCUUCCAGAGGCCGGUCAGUGACAUGAACAUUGCCAGCGGCUGCCCCCUCUUCUGUCCCCUCCCCAAACUGGACUCCAAAAACACCUACAUUCGUGACGACACCAUCUUUAUCAAGGCCAUCGUUGACCUCACUGGCCUCUGACUUGUGAGGAACUGGCUUUGAACUUUGACCCCAUGUCAGUGUUGCUUCGUGAAAAGUGUCUUUCAUCCAGAGUUCGCUGUGUUUGUAGCUGUUCUGUUGAUACCAAACCACGUGUUGCCUUUUGUUUGAGACAGGAGGAACUGAAAGAAGAAAAGUUCUAGUGUCACUUGUCGGAGCUUGAGGAAUUUGCAUUAUUUUAUUUGUUUUUUUUUCCUUUUAAAAAGUGGAGGAACCUACACAGCAUCGCAGCAUUUGUGUGGUCUGUGCUCUGAUUUGGUCUCUCUGUCGCUGCUGGCGGGACUCAGCAAAGGUGGUGAAAAAGUCUCAGUUCAGCUUCAGUUCCGGACUCGCGCUCACUGCUGAUCAUUCCCAUCGUUGAAUUCAGUGAAUUCUUAUCAAGUGUUGUUGUGAGAGUGUGCAUGGACCUGUGUUUGUGCAACACCAUUCAUUUGCUGUCUUGUUGUUUUUUUACGGCCUGAGAAAGCUGUGUCCAUGUGGAAAUAUGAGUGGCGUUACCAUACUUUGGGCACACUGACUGCUCAUGCUUAGUAGCUCACAGGGCUGAGAUCUAGCUGAGUUAUGCUACAGGUUAUCCUCUGCUGAGGAUUCACUAUGAUGAACCCGUGUCCAAAUGUGGUCCUUCUGAAAGGCAGAGUCUGGAGCUCAGGCCAAGUGCAGGCAGGCAGUGGACUCCAACACUACCUCAACCGACUCCUCAUUUUGGUCUUGGGAAAUAAUAAUGAACAAGAUAAACUUCAGUUUUAUCCGUAUUUAUUUCACUUUAUGUUACAUUUAAACAGCCAAAAGGAGUAAAGUGAUGUGCUGCAAUGAUCCACAGCUCAUUAGAACAUUAAGAUCUGAGUAGAUACAUUUUCCCAUUCAACUUUUUAAAAAUGUAAUGGCUGCUACUUUGAAAAUAACAAAGUGGGUUUAGCUAGUUUUAACUGAUGGCAGGCCUGAGCCUUCGCUGACACUGACGUUGGUGGUGAACAAUAGAAAGGCACAUUUUUCUCCAUGAAAAAUGUGGCGUCAUGAGACUCGCCGCUCUAUUUCCACGUGGAUUCGGCUGCACUUGUCUCUUUCCUUCACACAUGAAGUGCCUCUGACUCCUUCGGAAGCCAGCUGUGAAUGUGCUUUCCUGUGGUGAAUUGUUGUGAUUCAACAUGAGCAGUUUAAUGGAUGCCUCGGGCCGGUGUCUUCAUGUGAUGCAGGCUGUCAUGGCUGUGUUGGACAUUUAACGCUGGACAGAAUGGAGGAAAGGAGACGACCCACCUCACUAGCCCGGCUCUCGGCAGUCGGGCGGUGGGCUUCUCAUCACUGUUCUCAAGUCUCAUUUUGCUUCCCGUUGUAACUGUUGCACCUGACUCGUGAGAUACUUGACAUAUCAACAAACAAGCUGCUACUACAUGUGCCCUGCCCAUCGUUUCUCUUGGCUCCUUGAUGUCCGCAGGGAAAAGGGCUUCACAUUUGAAAUGGGACUCAUGCCACAUUCCGGCACCUGCGUUGGUGUCCGCCCCGCUGCCUCCUCUGAACCGGACUAGCUCAGUGAGAGCCUCAUGAAUGUGCGGACAGGGAGCUCUCAUCCGUAGCAACCUCUUCCUCCAUCACACUGUGGACAUGACGUCUUGUUUCAACUCUGUCUGUGUUGCCUUUCUGUUU